AUGGCAGGCUGUUUUUUCUCCUUUCAAAUUAGGCUCUUUCUGGCUUGGGCUGCCUUGGGAACGUGGCUGCACAACAUCGUAACUGCAAAUCAAGGUAAAAAAAAACCAAGUUGUUUCCUAAUAAGAGGGUGUCAAUCUAGAAAUCUUGCGUCUAACGUUGAGUUUUCGUUGUCUUAACCGUACCAAUACAAACAAAAUACAAAAAGAAUGUCACUUUUUUGGCUCAUAUACGGUUCAAAUUUUAAAAGUUUUCGGGGAAAGAGGCAGAUUUAAUUUAACUUGUCCUUCCCAAGAUAGUGUAUAUCCUGAAUGUGUGAGAAAUGCUUUACACUCUGUUUAUUUUAAUAUUCUUAAUUAGGGUUAGAAGAAAAAAUGUAUUUAUUGUACUGAAUAACUUCACAAUCUUUUCCAUCGCUCUUUACGUCUAUUUAUUUGUAUACAGUGUUUUUAGAAUGUUAGAAUUUUUCUUUAUCUCAAGAGCAAAACGGGUGACUUUUAAGAUCUUUUAACGUAAGAUUCUAUCGACCUGCCUUUUGAACGUUUUUUCAUCACCUUUUUUUCGAAAGCAGAUCAUGAUCAGAAGGCUUUUUCAUCAGUCAAGCUAAAUCUACGUAGCAGAAUAACAAACGCUAAAAUUCUUAGACUUGGAGUCAGUUUCAGUCGAAGGUUCUAUCGACCUGCCUUUUCGGAACGUUUUUUCAUCACCAUUUUUUCGAAAGCAGAUCAGAAGGCUUUUUCAUCAGUCAAACUAAAUCUACGUAGCAGAAUAACAAACGCUAAAAUUCUUAGACUUGGAAUCAGUUUCAGUCGAAGAUUCUAUCGACCUGCCUUUUGAACGUUUUUUCAUCACCUUUUUUUCGAAAGCAGAUCAGAAGGCUUUUUCAUCAGUCAAACUAAAUCUACGUAGCAGAAUAACAAACGCUAAAAUUCUUAGACUUGGAGUCAGUUUCAGUUGAAGGUUCUAUCGACCUGCCUUUUCGGAACGUUUUUUCAUCACCUUUUUUUCGAAAGCAGAUCAGAAGGCUUUUCCAUCAGUCGAACUAAAUCUACGUAGCAGAAAAACAAACGCUAAAAUUCUUAGACUUGGAAUCAGUUUCAGUCGACAUUCUUUUGGCUCCAGACUGCACUGAGGCUAACCUUAAACUAACUUACCAGACUUUGAAGAAAAUCAAUAUCUAGUACAAUUUUAGACGCGUAUUUUCAUGCAUUCUAUUGAACUAGGAAAGAAAACUUGAAAAGUGACAAGAAAAAUGCAACUGCGUUGUUGUGCUUACGACACAAACGAUCAUGUACGACACCAUAGCCUAGCUUUAGUUUGUGCCUGCCCAAGUGGGUGGGGGACGUGUUUCUCGAAGCACAUCAAUUGGAAAUAAAAUUAAAGCUGUUUCCAAACAAAUCUAUCUUGAAAUUCGGUGCCGUCGAAUUUUGGUUUAAGGGCCUUACAGGCUCUUUCUCUUACACUGAACUUUAAAUGAAUAAUUAAACGAGUGUGUAACUACAUCAAUUUGACGUUGCCGUGGAGACAACAAAGUUGGAGCAGAAGCUUUGAAAUACAACAAUUUACUCUCGCAACUUCUCUGUCGAUCGAUAAUUUCUGAUCAUUUCGCAGAUACUCCAUUUCCAAAGUUUUUUUUAAAUUUAUUCGUGGAAUAUUUAACUUCUUAACAUGCAUGGCAACCUGUUCUUGUAUCAUUUUCCCUCACCAAGUUCGUCCGAAUAAAAAAUAGUUUCCUUCUUAUUCAGACGACACAAGAAAAACAGAGACAAAAGAGAACUACUACGCCUUUCUCUUAUUGCUCAGAGGUUAUUUGUAAAUCAUUAGCCAGGCGUGUCCCGUCUUAAUUCUAGCUAAGUUAAAAAGACUUGAGCACACAAUUGGCUCACUGAUUUCGGUGAUAGUGUGCCUGAGGAUAUUUUGCAAAUAAAGGGUGUCAAGGGGCUUUUUCUAAUUGUCUUUAACCUACGCUAUUUGACAAAUAAAAGACACCAAAGGCUGUUUUACGAUUAAAACUGCCGACAAAAAAGGGCAUAUAUCGCUCCCUUCAAAAACUUGGCUUUUUCAACUCGAAUUGUCACGUUUCAAGAAUUACGACAGCUAAAACUAAAACUGAAUUAAACCUUGCGGUUGUCUUACUGUAAAGGGAUACUUCUAAAAAGGCCAGUAUUAGUUUUAAAGAGAUAGGUUCGUGCCUUAAAUCAUAAGAAGGUCUGAACGUCUCUAAUGCCUUGCUACGCUGCAACUUGCCCAGCGCAGUCUAUAAGUAACUGACUAAAGUUCUCCCACAGGUAGCCCAAGCUCACUAUGAGAGCCCUGAGCAACAUUAUCCAUUAGCUAAUUAAUUAUUGAUACGGCAACAAUUAUAAGACUUUGUAUGAGAGUUAUCCUAUUUCUCUAUAACUGAGCGAAACGUGCAUUAAAUUUUUCCUUUUAAGCCUGCACUUAGUAUUUUCUAAUGUUUAUUUGUGUGUUGACUGCGUUUCAUGCCUGUUAGGAUGCCAACUGAACCUAAGAACAGCACUACCCUUCUAGGCUAAUUAAUUAUUCACACGGCAAGAAAAUUGUAGGACGUUGAAUGAGAAAUAUUCUUUGCUCACUAAAUUAAUAAAAUUUGCAUUGAAUAUCGCUUUGAAGCUUACCUUUAGUCUUUUUAUGUUUUUCUUUGUAUUCUGACCGCAGUUCAGACCUCCUAAGCACAUUUUUUUGGGGGGGCGGGGAGUGAAAAACUGGUGGAUGGGGCAAGACAGACUUUAUUGCAGCCACCUAUACCUCACUGUAUGUAGAGGUCGCCCCAUGCAACGGAAUCGAAGACAAUCUUGGAUUCCGGAUUCCAUGCUGUGGAUUCCGGAUUCCAGGUACUGACAGAUACUGGAUUCUAGUCUUUGUCAAUAGAACUUGGAUUCUGAAUUCCAAUUCACGGUUAGUGGGAUUCCGGAUUCCAAAGCCCGGGAUUCCACAUUUCUCGAGCAAAAUUGUACCGGAUUUCGGAUUCCACAAGCAGAACUUCCCUGAUUCCGGAAUCCGACUUCCCUUUCAUUGGGCGAUAGAGGAAUGUCGAAGCAGUCACAUGUUGUGGAACUUAUAAACUAUUUUGAACAACUCUCUCUUUGUAGGUUGCAGCCAAAAUCGACGCCUGAAGUUUUCUCCUCCAGUAAAAGACAAUUAUCUUCAAGGGCACGUCUUCUAUAAUAUUUCUUUUGAAGCCCACAUAUCAUGUGAAGCAGAAUGUCUUCACCGGAAAGAAUGCGUGGCAAUUAACAUUGGUCCAACAAUUGAAGGCAUUAAGGUCUGUGAGUUGUGUAACUCAGAUCACCUACAGUAUCCAAAUGAUUUAAAACCAAGACGCGGCUGGACAUAUAGGGGAACAGAGGUAGGCUGAAUUAUAAAUUAUUUGUUACCAGCGAUAGUGCUGUCAUAAUUAUAGAGAUAAUAAUGAUAAGAGUUUAUAAGAACGCGAUGAUCUAACUUGUAUAACGUUAUAGUGAAGAUUACGACGAUGAUGAUGAUGACGACGCCGACGCCGAUAAUCUUGAGAAGGGGGAAGUUGACCAAGAUGGUACUUAAAUCUUUUAUAAAGUGAUGAUGACAUAUUUAACGAAGAAUUUAUUGAGCAGGAACUUCUGAACUGCUACACUUAAAUGCCAAAAAUACCUGGUACGUGGUUUUUAGUAAUCCAGUUUAUGUUGCUUUUGGCCUACAAGCCAAGAUCAGCCAAAGUUUAGCCCAUAUCCUCCUUGAAAUGCUUUGCCUCAAUUAAAACCAGCAAUGGCCCCAGCGAGACUGCAAAGACGUAUAGGUUUAGCAAAACAACCAGCAGAAAAGACCUGACUGGUCUAUGAAAAGGCAAGGAUGUCCUUGUGGCUAUGAAGAUCAGGCAAGUCAGGAUCCUUGAGAGAAUGUCAUCAGUGUUUCAUAUGGAGCUGAUGUUACAGGACUAAAUGCGUCAUUUUUGGCAACAAACAUUUUAGGUUCUAGAAACUGUCAAAUCAGUUAAAUAUGCAAACUCAUAAGAUAAACAAUCCCUUAAUUAACUAGUGUUUAUUAUGGGGGAGAUGGACUGCUGAUAUUUUUAUGAAUCAGCAGUUUGCAUGGGUUUUCCUUAUAAUUAAUUUCUACCUUUAGAGGUAAUUGUAUAUGUUAAUGAUGGAAAACCUACAUAAUCUGAUAGUAUAAAUUAAAAGUAAAGGAAAUCUGUAGUUAAAAAGAGAGAACAGGAGAGAAAGAAAAAGAGGAGCAAGCGAAAGAAAGAAAAACAGCGAUCGAUUUCAUCUCCCGUUUUCCAUCAAAGCGUCGGUUUUUUCAGUUUUUCAGGCGAAAAUAGUCGCAUAUCAAGAAUUGUUUUGCGUAGUGACGUUACUAGCGAGAAAAGUAAAAAGAGAAACAGGUUUAACAAGCAAAGCCAAAACUCUGAACGUGCAGCACACUUUUUGGCAGAUUUCUUUCGUCGUUGCACAACUAACGUUGUCAAACUUGACCGAAAUGGCAAUGCGAUUGUGGCUUAACCCUUUCACUGCCAAAUGUGGCCAAGGGCAAAAUUCAACAAACAUUUCCCAAUUUCAUUUUAAAAUUUUGAAAAACAAGUAGUACCAUGUAAAAGUACAGGAAGAAAGGUUUCAUUUGAAUGGUCAUACCAUAGGUUUUCGUCCACCGACUCAAAAGUUAGAACCACCUUACACAACUCUUUUAUUCACUCUGGCAGUGAAAUGGUUAAUCUGUAUGAUCGUCCCUUCAACAGCGAGGAUCGUCGCGACUUUGAUAUCGUCGGAAGUAUCCAGAGGCUCAAUUACGUAACUAGACUGCAAAACAGUUGGGUUUUUUGCAGUCAAGGAAAAGCCUCCAGUUCGUUUCUUGCCUGGUUCGCUCUCUCGAGCUCUGCCAAGCCUCGAUUCGACACAGCUGUCGACAGACUGAAAAGGGAACUGCUCAAAGUCUACAAAAUAAUAGUAAAAUGUCAUAAAGUCUAAAUUACGCUUUUUUUUCAAUAGAAUAUUUGUGUACACAAACCGUGCUUGAACAAUGGAAAGUGUUUUCUUGGAUAUACAGACAAGAAGUUCCUUUGCGAAUGCCAGUCUGGUUACACGGGAGAACGCUGCGAAGCAGGUGAUUAUGUGGCCAGCAAACGCAGACAUAUCUAGUCCCGUUUUCGCUUGACUGCGCCACAAAGAAUACUUUUCGGGCAGAAACAAACUGGAAAUACGUCCACGUAAACUGUUCUCUCAUACACGGAAUCGCCAGCUGGUAAACUAGAAACUUACCGUGGCUCGCAGCUUCGAGAUCCUUCCUUACAAAAACGAAGGCGUAUCCCACCCAAAAAUGGAGAACAAGUGAAUGUUGCUUGCUAAGAAAUAAUCAACAUUGUCAGGGUUAAAAAUUAUCUGUGCCCGAGGGGUUGGAGCGGGGAGGGGGGGGGAUUCCGCAGCAUGCAAAGUUUUAUCCUGGGAAGCUCCGCCCUGGGAGAAAUUUUUUCCACUUUUUCCCUGCCAUAAAAUCCUUCAGUUAGCCCUUUAGGUCCUUUUACAGACCGAAAUGAUACAGAUUUCCUUACCUUCUCAUAUACUUCAACUAUUGAAAUUCUUACCCUUUUAUACACCUGGAGUCUGGAAAAGGCAACUCUUUUGCAGUUCGGGCGGAGCUUCUACGAAUAGGCCAUCAUAGGGGGUACCCCCGGGAUUUAUAUUUGCUCUUCGUGCAAUGAGUGAAACAAUCUCUCUUCCCUGAAGCAAUCAGCAUGCUACAAUGAAUGUCUAGGUUUAUAUACGGUGUGCGAGGUUGGUGGCUUGUAUUGUUUUCUUUUUUUUAUAUUAGACCUAGACGAAUGCAAGGAUAAAACUCAUCAAUGUUACGUAAAUGCGAACUGUACCAACAUUCCUGGCUCAUAUAACUGCACGUGCAGGCCUGGUUACAGAGGAAAUGAGAGGAUUUGUAAUGGUAUAAUUAGCUACCUAAGCCUUCACUUCAUUUUUCUGCAAGUAGUUCUGUUUUCUUUGUAACUUAAUAUUUUCUACUUCCUCCAGAAAUUGAUGAAUGCAAGGAUGGAAGUCAUGAUUGUCACAUAAAUGCCAACUGUACCAACAUUCCUGGCUCUUACAACUGCACGUGCAGGCCUGGCUACACAGGAAAUGGGAACAUUUGUAAUGGUAUAAUUAACUAUCCAAGCCUUCACUUCAUUUUUCUGCAAGUAUUUUAGUCUUCUUUGUAACUUAGUAUUUUCUACUCCUUCCAGAAAUUGAUGAAUGCAAGGAUAACACUCAUCAGUGUGACGUAAAUGCGAACUGUAUCAAAAUUCCUGGCUCAUAUAACUCCACGUGCAGGCCUGGCUACACAGGAAAUGGGAGCAUUUGUAAUGGUAUAAUUAACUAUACAAGCCUUCACUUCAUUUAUCUGCAAGUAGUUAUGCAUUUGUAAAGGUAAAAAUUUGGGAAGACCUUAGAUAACAAUAACCUCAACCAGGUUGUGGCGUCAAGUGGUUUAAGUGAAAGCAAGAAUUUGGGUGCCGGUGGGUUGCUCAGUCUCGCGGGCUCAUAAAACCUGGUCUCAGUCAUUCUUAUUUAAAGAUUUUCAAAAAUUUUUCGAUUAAUUUUUAUGACGCGCAUUAUAGGGUCGGGGCUUAUAGCUCCCUUUGAUACUCUUUUCCUAGUUAUAUCUACAUUUAAAACCAUGAAGAUGGUCCCUUAAUUGUUACAGCAGUAAGCGCUCGAUCUCAGCGAUCUUACGGAAGCAGUCUUUGAAUUGCUCUUUGAACUUCAUCUUUUUAAAUUUUCUGGGAUUCCAGUGUAGGAGGUAGGUUUAUGUGUAAUUCUGGCAUUUGUUUUUUCAGAUGUUGAUGAAUGUGCUGACAACUUACAUGACUGCGACGCUAAUGGAAACUGUACAAACAUACCGGGAUCCUAUGGCUGUGUUUGCAACCCACCAUAUAAUGGAUAUGGGAAAAAGUGCAUUAAAACACGUGAGUGUAGUAUUAAGCCGAGAAAUAUAAAAUGAUCCGAGUGAAACCUGGAGGAGAAUGGGGGGUUGAUGGCUUAGGGAUUGUUUACAUAGAGGUGGGGGACCCCAGUUAGAUGAGGAGACCCGCUUAGGUGGUUUAACCCGACUGUCCAUAUCAUUUCUCAUUUUAAUUUGAUCACGUUUACAUGAUAGGUGGGGUGACCCGCCACAUGUUACCUCACCUUUCUGGGGUCCCCCACCUCUAUGUAAACCGGCCAUUAGUUGGUACUGCGCCUUGGGUCCUAAUGACGUUUAGAGCAGGCAACAACCGCUUUAGGCCCUUCCACUGUCGCGUAAUUUUUACGUGCGUACAAGCAGAAAAAUUUAAUUACAUUCGCAAAUAAAAGAGAGGCAAUGUAUGAAGGAUCGCGCGAAAAAGUAAAAGUUGAACCUCGCCCAACUUCACGUUUAAGUGCAACACUGCCUCGUAUCUUCUCUAUUUUACUUACGAGAGAAAAAUUUAUGUGCGUUUACACGCGCGUGAAAAUUACGCGUCCACCCUUCAUGCAGGUGCGAAAAGAAAGGCCUGAAAAAAAAUUCAGGCUUGUAUCGGAUUCAAACUCUUGACCUAUGCGAUACCGGUGCAGCGCUCUAACCAAUCGAGCAAUCAAGCCAUCUGGGAGAUGGUCAUUAUAAAAAUGGGUCAUUCGCUUGGUUCAAACCUUUCACAAAAAUAGGUCAUCUCCGAAUUAUCACUUUCAAAAUGAGGCUGAGUGCAAAAUAUUUCUUGUGAAAAUGACUUCUAUUUGCAUGAGAAUAAAAAAUCAUUUUCAUGUCGCACUUAGCCUCGCUUGGAAAUAGAGGCUUAGAACAACUGUUGAUUCGUAAUAUACCCGAGAAAAAUUACAGGCUUUCUACCUGUAGAACAGUUUUGGAUUAGUGACUUCAUAUAUGCAAAAGAGGUGGGGAACCUAAACGCAGAGCUCAAGUUCACUUGGAGGAUUCUUGAAGGCAAAUGAGCCGCAGUAUUUAGUAAGAAUUGUUACAAGCAUUCGUGAUAAUAAAUUUAACUGUUUUCAUAUACGGGCCUCUCUAUUGGCGAGUAACUGCGGACGUCGUUUUCGUCGCCCUUUUCCCAUCAAAUCGUCGGCUUUUCAUCGAAAUCGUCGCAUAUCAAUAGUUGUUUUGCAUGGUAACGCUACUAGGGAGCUCGAACAACCACAAUGACGGCAAUGUAACGUGAAAAUAAAAAAAAGCUUAAGCAUGCAACAGGUUUGAUUGAUAAACAGAAAAAAAUACCCGAACGUGCAGCACACUUUUUGGCAAUUUUGCUUGCCAUUGUUGCACGAGUAACGUUGUCAACCUUUAUCGAAAUGGCAAUGCGAUCGUACCUUUAGCCCCCGUCCCGCGGACGUAUCCGGGUAUUUUUGAAUCCGCAAAUUUUUCUUUGCGGAUUCAAAAAUUUGCACGUCCACACGUAUCCGUAUUCAAAUCGAAUUUGCCCGUCCACACGUAUCCGGAUUCACUCUCAGUUCGUCAGCUAAUUUGUAAAGCGAUCUUCGACUCACGCGAAAAAUUUAAAUCGCCAGUCUGUUUCACUGAUAAAAUUGUCCCAUCAAGCACUAUAUUUCAAGAUUUCUUUUUUAAGGUGGUCUUAAUGCAUCAACUAUUCUUGGCAACGACAGUAGGUACUUGGAGAAUUUGACGUUGUUUUUAGAGCCCGUGAUCAAUAGCUCAGUCCGUAGUAGGUUUGUGAGGUGUUGGCACGCUAAAGAGGACGGCUGGGCGGCGUCUACGUUCCACGGCAACUGUGAUGACAAGGGACCUACUGUAACUAUCAUUCAAGUCGGCAGUUUCAUAUUUGGUGGAUACAGUGACGUAUCAUGGAAAAACCCAGGACUGCGUGAGUACAUGUACCAGGAGAAUUAGGACUUUGUUUUUUUUGUUUGCUAACAAUGAAGAACGAUAAAGUGGUACAGCGGCGUUUGGCUUGAGUACAUGUACUGUUAAAAAAAAUAGGAUGUUUUUCUGCUUACGUACCACUCAAGGCGAGAAAGUAAUUCCUUGGCAAUCAGAAUUGGCCAUUUUCAUGAUGACGUCACUUGAUACAACUAUCAGAAGUUUGUUUUUCUCUAAUUCACCAUUUAAAUUAAAUUAUCCCGGUCAGGUUUAAAUCUUAUAAGAAUCGAUUUUGAAAUACAUUUUAAAACAAAAGUCAAUGAUAAAAAAGAAGCUUGUCUUCAUGUCAUCGUUAUCAAAGAGAGUAAAUACUUCCACGAAUCAUGUUAAUUUCACAUCUUUUGAUAAUGAUGACAUGAAACCAUCGAAACGUCAAUUUACUUUUUUAUCGUUGAUUUAUAAUGGUAAUUGAACUGAGUGGAGUGCAAUUUGGUCUGAAAUCAUACGUGUAAUUUCAAAAUCGAACGAGCGCGCAGCGCGAGUUCGAUUUGAAAUCACAAGUAUGAUUUCAUACCAAAAUUGCACGACACGAAGUUCAAUUACCACUUUAUUACAUCCAUUUUGAAAUCGCAGAAUUUAGUAAGUACUAAUAUUUUAUUGAUCGAGUAGCCGGUUUUUAAAAAGCCGAAACAAAAAGGCUUUUACAUCUCAUUUUGUAUUCGCAACAGAAUGAUGCGAUAUCGAACAAAAAUGGUGCGAUUUAAAACAGAAAUGAUACGAUUUAGAACAUGAAUGACGCGAUUUGGAACAGAUGCGAUUUAGAGCAAAAAAUGGUGCGAUUUAGGAAUAAAUCACACUGCUGAGAGCCAAUCAGAUUGCACGGAUAGCCAGUGAUUUCAAAGUGGAUGUAAUAAGAGGUUUAAAUCACAACAUCAAUAAACAAAAUCUUGCAAAAUUUGGUUUCCCCCUCUCCUUACAAACACCUUAAGGGGCCACUCCACAGGGGAGGACGCCUCUGGUCCGCCCAGCCUAAUUUUACUGAAUUAUCUUUAAAGUUCUCUAACUAUGUACUGCGGACUCUUUUUAAUGAAGCAAAGUGUCACUUAAGAACUACCCCCCGGGUCACGGUAGUCAGAAGGAUAAAAAGGAAAAAUUUUCCAUUGUAAAAAGCAAUUGUGGUCACAUCCAUGAACAUUCAUGACCAAGAUUACGUUUAAAAGCUAAAUGAAACACAGAAUCAAGUGGUUCAGCCAUACAGAGGUUAAAAAAAAAUGUAUCAGAUAAAUGUGUGAUACCGUCUGUCAUUUGUAUUUUAUGGACUUCAAGUAGGUUUCAGGUUCUGUCAUAAUUCCAUAGAUCUGAAUUCAGUUACGAUUCUUGUUUGCAUAAAUCUCUUUUCGGGACAAAAACCCUGCUCUUUUCUACCAACACUGAGGGAUUCCAGUUUAGGGAGAGCUCCCUUUCUGCUCAUCAUGGAAGUUUGUUACUCUUCUAAAACUGCCUAAUUUUCUCCUCCUCAGGUAAAUUAAGGCAUGGGCCUCAAUUUGCCUUAAUUUGCUCUUUUGAAAAGUGAGGGGGUGGUCUAUAUCUAAGAGCUUUAGAUGAAGAGACAUAAAACUUUGCCACCUAAACACAUUUUUAGUUUGUUUUAAUUUUGUGCUUUAAAAUUAUGUAAAUUAGGUCACGUGACCUUCAUCGGCUGAAAAAGCUUGUUCUUCAAACGGCAACACUUUUUCUUGUGUCUUCAAUAGUUUUACCGGUUGCAUAAUGUUAAUGCCGUUUAAUGUAUCACUUCUGUGCUUGGCCUUUUUUAGAUAUUUAAAAUCGAAGACGUUAAGAUGGGAUACAAUUGCUUUGGGGGACUGGGUCUAGUUGAAAAAGCCGCUUAUUUUCUAAAACAGUAAAAAAUUCAAAAAAGGCCAAGCACAGUCCUGUAGAUUCUUGCAUUACACAUUGUCCUAAACGAGUCCGGUUUAAUAACUCACAACAAAAAGUGUUGCCAUUUUUGUUUAAAGACUUUUUAUUGUUUUCUGGCCGUGUAGAGUCACGUGACAACAUUUGCAUAAUUGAACGUCACCUAAUUGACAGAAACCACACAUGUAUGUAUCUGGCAAAGUUUCAUCUUUCUACUGCUUACGUGCUCAGAGAUAGACCACCCCCCAUCACUUUUUUACUGAAUCAUUGGAGACCCAUGCCUUAAUUUACCUGAGUCCCCCACUAAUUUCAAAGUCAAUACAGUGUCAUUACUGUACUCAGCAAGACAACAAUGGAUGUGUGGCUCAUGACACUUUUUUGGGAACAUUGAGAAAUUUAUACAAAUACAGCAAAUUUUAAAAAUCAAUGCAGUAAAGCAUAGGUUGUCUAGAAAUGUCUGUAUGACAAGCCGGACUUGCACUCACUAUUUUAAACUGAAGGCCGGAUCAUUGAAUAUUCCUAGAAGUUAAUUUUUUAUGAGCGCCUUUAGUAAGGUCUGUAAGAAUUGUAAAAUGUCGUUAUUAUCUCCCAGGUGAAGAUUGUUCGUCUGGAUAUUCAAGUAAAGCCUUUAUGUACUCACUGACCAAUAACAACGGUUCUGGACACGCUGUAUACAAUCCUGUUAAGCUGCGAGUCAAGUCAGAUAAGGACCAUGUAGCUGUAUACAGGUGUGAUUUUUAUGGACCAGUAUUUGGCCCGGGUGAUAUUUUCAUAUCAAACAACUCUGCUAGUAACCAGGAUUCUGAUACUUAUUGUGGAGAGAGCUACCCCCUCCCCCCAGGGUAUUCUUUAUCUGGUUCUAACUGUAAAUUCUAUGCUGGAAGCCACCGAUUCACGCCAACAGAUAUCGAAGUAUUCUAUGAAACAACCACUUAA